CGUUCCCGUCGACGUUUAUACGUCAUCACGUUAACGCCGUCGUCUCGUAGAUUAUCAAUCUGUUCCUUUUCAUUCUACCUCUGUCGUGGGUCAGCUACUGCCAGCGCGGGGAAAGGCGAGGACGGAGACGUCUGCGUCAUCCUCGUCCUCGUUGGAAUCUGGGUCCGCUUUCGUAGUCAGGGACAGUCGCGUCCCUUUCUUCUAAAAUGGCCCAGAUCUCCAGCGAGGACGAGGCUCAGCUCCAGUCCAUGCUCAGGCAGUUACUCCUGAGCGUGAAGGAAAAAAUCACGGGCGCUCCCUCUCUCGAGUGCGCGGAAGAGAUCCUCUUGCACCUGGAGGAAACUGAUGAAAAUUUUCACAACUAUGAAUUUGUGAAAUAUCUUAGACAACAUAUAUAUGAUACUUUGGGGACUAUGAUUGAGGAAGAAAUGGAAAAAUGUACCUCAGACCAAAAUCCAGGUGAAGGAACAGGCUAUGAUACUCUUGUUCAACAUGUGACUAAAGUAACCCAGGAAUCUAAAGAGUACAAAGAAAUGAUGCUUUCCCUAAAGAAUGUUAUGACGGCUGUGGUGGAAUCUUUAAUUAACAAAUUUGAAGAACAUCAGACACGAACUAAGGAGGUGCAGAAGAAAACCAUAAAGGAGAAAUGCUUUAAUUAUUGCACAGACAAUUAUUCUGAUAGUGAUUCUUCAUUUAAUCAGAGUUAUAAAUUCAGUCAAGGAAAAUUACAGUUAAUUUUAGAACAACUGGACCCUGGGCAACCUAAAGAGGUACGGCUUGAAGCAAUGCUAGCUUUGUGCUCUGCUCCUCCUUCUGAUGUAUUAAACUGUGAAAACUGGACUACUCUUUGUGAAAAACUUACAGUAUCUCUUGCAGAUCCUGAUCCUGCAUUUAAUGAUCGAAUUUUGAAAUUCUAUGCACAGACAUUUACUCUUUCACCAUUGCAUAUAACCAAAGAAAUUUAUACAAGCUUAGCCAGACAUUUGGAAUUAUAUUUUCUUUCGGGUGAAAACCAUAUUCCAACUCUGUUGACUGGGGUAGAUGUUACUCAUCCUAAUGUGAUCCGUUUACUUAAAAAGGUACGUCUUUUAAAUGAAUAUCAAAAGGAAGUUCCAUCUUUUUGGAUUCGUCAUCCAGAAAAGUAUAUGGAAGAAAUUGUGGAAAGUACUCUAUCACUAUUAUCAAUUAAGCAUGACCAAAGUCUACUUGUCUCACAAAAAAUUUUGGAUCCAAUCUAUUUUUUGGCAUUACUUGAUGUUAAGGCUGUGUGGUUCAAAAAAUGGAUGCAUGCAUAUUAUAGCAGAACUGUGGUCUUACAGCUUCUUGAAAAAAAAUAUAAAUCUCUGAUAACGACAUCAGUUCAACAGUGUGUACAGUAUUUUGAAUCAUGCGAAAAUAUGAAAUCUGAUGAAAAUUUGUUACGAACCAAACAUUGUGGGAAUAAACAGAAGACUUUCUAUUCUGGACAAGAAUUACAAUAUAUUUAUUUUGUUCACUCACUGUGCCUCUUAGGAAGACUACUGAUUUAUGCACAAGGCAGGAAGCUAUUUCCUGUAAAAAUGAAAAAUAUAAAUGAUUCAGUAUCCCUCACAGAUCUGUUGGUAUUGUUUACCCGCCUUAUCUAUUACUCUCCAAGUUGUCCAAAAAUGACAUUACCAGAACAUGCAGAGGACUAUUCUCCAGCAAGUUUGGUGACUGAAGUACUGCGGAUACUGUGUGAUCAAAAAGAAUCUGCAAUUGAGUGUUUAUAUAAGAGCCAAGUGAUAGAUGCAUUUCUUGAACCUAUUCAUAAUUUAAUGAAAGAAACUGAGGCUGCUGCAAAUUGUUCUGAAACAGCUUUAAUCCAUGUAGCUGAUAUUUUGGCAAGAAUUGCUUCUGUGGAAGAAGGCCUUUUUUUACUUCUUUAUGGUGAAAACAUGAACUCUUCUAAGGAUGAAAACCCCACAGGUGCUCAUUUAAUCGCCCAGUUUUCAAAGAAGCUUCUUGAUGAGGAUAUUUCUGUUUUUUCUGGAUCUGAAAUGUUGCCUAUGGUUAAAGGAGCUUUCAUUUCUGUAUGCCGCCAGAUGUAUAGCACCUGUGAAGGUCUUCAGGUGUUAAUUCCUUAUAAUUUGCAUUACUCUAUUGCUAAAGCAUGGAAAAAGACCAGUUUGCUUUCAGAAAGAAUUCCUACUCCUGUAGAAGGCUCUGAUUCUAUUUCUUCCAUAAGCCAGGAAUCUCAAAACAUCAUGGCAUGGGAAGAAAAUUUAUUAGAUGACUUGCUAAAUUUUGCUGCUACUCCAAGAGGACUACUACUUCUCCAGAAAACAGGUGCCAUCAAUGAUUGUGUGACAUUUAUGUUCAACCUAUAUGCAAAAAAACAGGUCAGUAGGCAUGAAAAGUUUGGAUAUGGAGUGAUGGUUACACAAAUGGCAUCAACAGCUGCAGGUGCAGUAGCUCUAAGAAAUUCAGGGUUUAUUAAUGCACUUGUAACUGAAUUAUGGUCCAUGUUGGAAUGUGGAAGAGAUGAUGUUAGAGUAACAUAUCCCAGAUCUACUCCAGUGGAUCCUAUUGACCAAAGCUGUCAGAAGUCUUUUCUAGCAUUAGUAAAUUUAUUAUCCUAUCCUGCUGUUUAUGAACUGAUAGGCAACCAGGAUAUUCCAAAUAAAUCAGAAUAUUCACUUCGCGAAGUUCCUACAUGCAUAAUUUGCUUUCUUUUUCAGGAUAUUAUUGAUAGACUUAUAAUUUUAAAUUCAGAAGCCAAGAUUCGAUCAUUAUUCAACUAUGAACAAUCACAUAUUUUUGGUCUAAGGUUAUUGAAUGUAUUAUGCUGUGAUCUAGAUACGCUUUUACUUUUAGAAUCUCAGUACCAGGUGUCUGCAAUGCUGUUAAAUGCUCAAGAGGAAAAUAUUUUAGAGAUUUCUGGAGGCCACAGAGACUUUAUAAUCGAUGGCCUGUCGGUAGAAAGAAACCAUGUUCUCGUUAGAAUACUUCUUAUUGGUGGACCUUUAGAACGGAUUUUACCACCGAGGGCACUACAAAAGGGUAAUGAUCCUUAUCCUUGGCCAAUGUUUUCAUCAUAUCCUUUACCAGACUGCUAUCUUUCAGAAGUUACUAAAAGAAUUGAUCCAAAACAAGAGAGUGAUAUUGGAAAACUUUUAUUACAUUGCAAGAUUUCUGAAAAACAAGCUGAAUGGAUAGAGAACUGCAGAAUACAGUUUUGCCAAACUAUGAGGACCAAACCUAAUAUCAUCAACGGAGUCGUUUUCUUGUUUAUUACAGUGUUGGCAGAAUUGUUCGAAAAGUUUGUGUUGCAUAUCACUGAAAAUCCAUCUGACUGCUAUUUUCCUACUGUUGACUAUAAAGCUACUGAUGCAGAUGUGAAGAAUGAAAGUCUUUCAUCUGUGCAGCAAAUUGGCAUUAAAAUGACUGUCAGAUAUGGUAAAUUCCUUAAUCUACUGAAAGAUGGUGCUGAAAAUGAUCUUACUUUGGUGUUGAAGCAUUCUGAGAGAUUUCUGAAGCAGCAGCAAACAUCAAUAAAAUCUCCACUUCGCUGUCUACAAGGACGUUACCCUGGCCAUGACUGGUUUGUAUCCUCUCUAUUUCUUAUAAUGUUGGGUGACCAAGAGAAAACACUAAAGGUUCUGCAGAAAUUCUCCAGGCUGCUAACUUCUGCAUUUCUCUGGUUGCCAAGACUGCAUAUUUCUAAAUAUCUACCUAGUGAUAUCUCAGAAUCUGGCAUACAUCCCAUAUAUUUUUGUGGUGCUCAUUAUAUUGAAAUGUUGCUGAAGACUGAGGUUCCACUUGUCUUUUCAGCUUUCCACAUGUCUGGAUUCACCCCAUCACAGGGAUCAGCCUACUGUGUUCCUGAGUCCCAGGACUUAAUUAAAAACAAGUAAAUAAAUAACAACAAAAACUAAAUGUUAACAGUUAAAUCUUGCAUUCCUUUUCUAUAUAGCAAGUCUCCUGUGUCUUCACUUGAAUUUUUUGAACUUUGAUGUUCUCAAUUUUUCACUCUUUUGCUUCCCACAUCUAAUCAAUUGCUGAGUUUUGCCAUUUCUACUCCCACAACAUCUUUUAUAUUCAAUGCCUCUUCUCUAUCAUACAGUACUAAUGUUGGUUAAGGUUUUUAUCACUUCUUAACUGAACUAUUGCAUUGAAUUACCACUUGAUCUCUCUGCCUCAAAUUGUUCCUUUGUCCAAUAUCUCCCCUUAAUAGCUACUAAAGAAUUUUUCCCCCUCCCUCUUCAGUCAAAACUGACCAUGGCACUCCUCUAUUCAAUAAAAUCCACUGAAUAUCUAUUUCCUCUGUGAUAAAUUAAACUUAUCUUUGGCUUUUAAAUUUCUUCACAUCCUUACCACAAUCUUUCUUUGUAAUCUCAUUAUAUUUUACUCUUCUUCCUUUACUCUUGCCUUCUAUCCAAACUGACUCUGUUUCUCACACACAGUAUUCUGUCAUCUUGGUGCCUUUGCAUUUUUCUUUUUUUGCUUGUAAAGCAUCCUUUUCAUAGAAUUCCUGACUUCUUUCAAAACUCAGCUCACCCACUGCUUUCUUUACAAUCUUUCCACUUGCUAGUACUCUUCCUUCCUCCCUAAAUACUCUGUAUUUACUUUAUAUAUUCUUAUAUAUGUAUACACAAACAUUGCUUUCUCCAGCAGAAUGCAAAUACUUUAAGAACAGGAACUGUUUAGUUUUUUCAUCCUCCCAACUUAGUACACAGAACUAGGUUCUGUUAUGUAGAAGUGUAUAAGUACAUAGGAUGCCCUUAAUGCAUCUUGAUUGAUUGACUUAUCUUUUACCUAAUAUAUCUGGAUUGGGAUUUGUAGAACUUGAGUAUGUUAGAAACAAUAAAUUAUAUAUGUACAGAUAAGCAGAAAGU